CCACAUGCAGCCCCGCCCACCGAGGCUCCACCCUCAGCGGCCUGGGGUAGGGUGGCGGCUGGCCCAGCUGGGCCCCCGCUGCCCUCAGCUCUGGGCGCUGGGUCGGAGCGGGCCGGGCACUGCGGGGGCAGGGCGAGCGCGGCUGCCCGGGGGCUCGGAGGCGAAGAUGGCGUCAGGCAGGCGCGCCCCGCGCACCGGGCUGUUGGAACUGCGCGCCGGGGCAGGCUCGGGGGCUGGUGGCGAGCGGUGGCAGCGGGUGCUGCUCAGUCUAGAGGAGGACGCGCUGACCGUGAGCCCCGCCGACGGCGAGCCCGGACCUGAGCCCGGUGCCCAGCGGGAGCCGGAGCCCGCGCAGCUCAACGGCGCCGCCGAACCUGGCGCCGCGUCCCCGCCGCUGCCGGAGGCGCUGCUGCUCCAGCCGCGCCGCGUGACGGUGCGCAAGGCCGACGCCGGCGGGCUGGGUAUCAGCAUCAAAGGGGGCCGAGAGAACAAGAUGCCUAUUCUCAUCUCCAAGAUCUUCAAGGGCCUGGCAGCUGACCAGACGGAGGCCCUCUUUGUGGGGGAUGCCAUCCUGUCCGUGAAUGGGGAGGACCUUUCCUCUGCCACCCAUGACGAGGCGGUGCAAGUCCUAAAGAAGACAGGCAAAGAGGUGGUGCUGGAGGUCAAGUACAUGAAAGAGGUCUCACCAUAUUUCAAGGACUCUGCCAGCGGGACCUCGGUUGGCUGGGACUCGCCUCCUGCCUCACCCCUUCAGCGGCAGCCUUCCUCCCCUGGCCCCCCACCCCGGGACCUCCGUGAUGCCAAACACAUGUCCUUGAAGAUGGCAUAUGUCUCAAGGAGGUGCACCCCUACAGACCCAGAGACCAGGUAUCUGGAGAUCUGCUCGGCUGAUGGCCGGGACACCCUCUUCCUGAGGGCCAAGGAUGAGGCUAGUGCCAAGUCCUGGGCAGCUGCUAUCCAAGCCCAGGUCAACACCCUGACGCUCCGGGUCAAGGAUGAGCUGCAGGCGCUGCUGUCAGCCACCAGCACAGCCGGGAGUCAGGACAUCAAGCGGAUCGGCUGGCUGACUGAGCAGCUGCCCAGCGGGGGCACGGCACCCACCUUGGCCCUGCUGACCGAAAAGGAGCUGCUCCUCUACAGCUGUCUCCCCCAGACCCGUGAGGCCUUGAGCCGGCCGGCGCGUACUGCCCCCCUUAUCACCACCAGGCUGGUGCACUCAGGCCCCUCCAAGGGCUCGGUGCCCUACGAUGCAGAGCUCUCUUUUGCCCUGCGCACGGGCACGCGCCACGGUGUGGACACUCACCUGUUCAGCGUGGAGUCACCGCAGGAGCUGGCUGCCUGGACCCGCCAGCUGGUGGAUGGCUGUCACCGGGCCGCUGAGGGUGUGCAGGAGGUGUCGACAGCCUGCACGUGGAACGGCCGUGCCUGCAGCCUCUCCGUGCAUAUUGACAACGGCUUCACACUGUGGGCGGCGGAGCCAGGUGCAGCCCGAGCCGUGCUGCUGCGUCAGCCCUUUGAGAAGCUGCAGAUGUCCUCAGACGAUGGUGCCAGUCUCCUAUUCCUGGACUUCGGGGGCGCUGAAGGCGAGAUUCAGCUGGACCUGCAUUCGUGCCCCAAAACCAUGGUGUUCAUCAUCCACUCCUUCCUCUCGGCCAAGGUCACCCGUCUGGGGCUCUUAGCCUAGAGGUGGUCAGAUGCAUUAGCCCUGAAGAGGGAGUGUCCACCACACGGCCUGACCUGGCCCUCCGCUGAUUGCCUGCUUGCCGCUGGGCUGAGGGAAGGGAGAGGAGAAGAGCAAGAAGGCGGAGACCCAGCUUAGGACACAGCGGAUCCCACCAGUGAUGGGGGAGUGUCCCUGCAGCUCCCCCCAUCCCCACCAGUGCCUUUCGUGGAGAGAUAUUUUGUGUACACAGAAGCCAUUCCGAGUCUAGUAUGUGCCCCUAUGGGGAUCCUGACCCCAGCUAACAACUGCUGGCCCGCCUAGAGGCCCCUAAACUGUCCCCAGAGGCCCCACCUGAAGCUGGAGCUCCCUGGGGCCCACAGUGAGAGACAGAGAAGACUUUCAUUCAUUUCUCCCCUCAGCUCCACCACCUUGGGGCAUCAGGUUCUUCUCUUCAGCCUCUCUCUCCUCCUUACUCAUGGAUAAAUAAACAGCCUGUGAGCACAUAGGCAGCCUGGCC